CACUGCAUUUUGUGCUAUCGCUUCUUGUCAAUCGAUAAUUUCUGACAAGUAACGCUCUUAAUAUCGAACAACGAUAGGCCCAUUUUGUUCCUGGUACUUCCAAUCUUUUCGAGCUUUUUCAGGAACUGGUUAAGAUGCCGUUCACCGGGCUGUGCAUCGAGCUACGCCCCAACCUACGCAGCGGCGUGGUCUUCCUGCAACUCGACCAACCGUUUUCGCAGAGACACGUGAUAAGCGUUUUUAUUCGGGACUACAAUGUUUUCAUCAGCGAGAAACCUAACAAUCGAGUGAUCGACUUGGAUAGCUCCGAUAGCGACAGCGAGGACGCCGAAGAGCUGCUGCUCAUCCGGCACGACCAGUACGGUAUGGACAUAUGCCACCUGUCCGCGUUCGUGGUCAGUGGCUCCAUCUUCUGUUUCCGCAUCAACUAUAACCAGAUUGAUCUGACCAGCAUGGAUGGGAGCGCCGUUGAGGUGCCGCUGGCUCCACUGCUCCCCUCCUGCCAGGAGAACGAGGCCAUCACUAUCAACUGUCGGGAUUGUCGCGCAGAAUUGGUGGCGGCCCAAAGCUAUCGCAGGCUGAGGGAGUUCCCCAGCUUUGUGGUGGAUCCCAGUGAGUUCUUUUGCCACAGUCAUGGACCAGCAGGAAACACUCAACCAUUUAGCUUGGUGCCUGCCGAAACGGAUCUCUUCUAUGGCCUCAACUAUGUGGUCAUAAACUUUAGCGUGGCAAAUUCGCGCAUGCUCAAUCGCGAGGAUCACUUGUACUGCAACCGCUGCAUGCGUUAUUUGGGGCAGACUAUGUUAGAUGGCGCCGCCGCUCGCAUUUGGGCAGAUGCAGUGCGUUGGCUUCCCGCAGGAGCGGCGGCCACUGUCCCUGAGCGCCACUUCUUCCAAAGCUCCACGCUGACGCAGCUGGUCAAGCGUCUGCUGCACUCACUGUGGCCUCAAGCGCUGCCUCAGUUCUGUUUGACCAGCAGUCGUGCGGUGCUGGUCACCACGCUGCCCAACCGGAAGCAACAAUACAUGUUUUUGCACGUGGUGGAGUCACAGCUCCGUGUGCUGCGUCGCAUCCGCCCGGACUCGAACGAACUGCGCUGUUUUCGCGCCUGCAAGCUGUACUACGGCGUUUUUGGAACCAAUCCACCGUUUCUGGAGAAGUGGCAGGCGGAGCAGACGCUGCCCCAGAUGGAGAUUUCACCAAACAUGUUUCUAGAGAUUCAGCAGCGACUCGAGACGAACGGCCAAUUGAUUCCAGACGCCUUGCGCUUGAACUGCGCGGACGAGCGGCUGCAGCUGUCGUACUUCUUCUAUGAGAACGAGGAGCAACCUAACGGCGUCGUCGUCACCUUGAAUGUGUCUGCGGAACAGAUGAGCCAGCUGAACGACAAUCAGCAGAAGGUGGAUGAUCCGUACGAGACGGAUGCAGGACAUGCCAGCGAGAGCGAUGACGAGUACUCGGAUACGGACACCGCUUCGGAGGAUGCGGCGGCUCACUCGGUCGGCAAGCGGACACUGCUCAAGCGAAGCCCCACCCCGCCGCGGUCUUGCGUCAAAAUGGCCACCUCCUCCCCGUCCACCUCCACCUCUUCGGAGGACAAGUAGUACCCCAACGUAAUUCAAAAUUCUAGCAUAGCUUGUAAGUCAGACACUAUGAAUCGUGGUCCACUGUCAAGAAUCAAUCCUAGCCGACUUGGCCCAGUAACUUGUCAACACUGAUUUUAGGAUGAUUUCUUUAAGUUAACCCAUGAUAAUCAAUUCCAUCCAUAAUACUCUGCUAUGCCUUUAUUUCAAAUCUUCAUAUCCUUUGCUUUAAUUGUUUGUUGUAUAUAGGCUUAGUAUCAAUUAACAGAACGCGGAAUUGAUAACGCCAAAGAAUACUUUUUGUUGUGUGGAGAAAAAUUAGAUUUGAUUUUAUUGCUUGAGUCGAUCGUUUCAUAUAUAUAUUAUAUAGUUUAACAAACGUUUUGCAACAAGUAUUAGCUGGAUAAACGACUUCUAAGUGGUGAACAAGUCUUCCCUAUAUGUAUGUAUUUACUAGCACAAAGGCAGUGCGUUCCGUGGCUGUAAGCCCAAUGCGACUUGUAAAGUCUUGGCUUUACAGCUGCAAAACACACUGCUCAUGUUAUGAAAAAAAAAAGAUUUUGCUUUUGUUUACACUUUGACGUUCCCACUUAAUUAAACUAGAAGAAUAGUUUCAAUGUAAAAUUGAAUUAUUGAAAAUAUUCAAUUUUAAUAUAUUUCCAAAGAAC